AUGUCUAAUCUUAUUGAACUCCAAAGGAAUUAUAUUCUGUCGUUUAUCAAUGAGAUUCAAACGGAACACAAUCUUAAGUUCCUCAUUAUUGAUGAAACCGUUGAUGCGCUUUUGAAUAGUGUUUUCGCUGAUAGAAACGAACUCCUCCGUAUUGUAACAGCGGUGGACAAAAUUGAUUCUCCUAAAAGAAAGGGCCAGCCCUCGGUAGAAGCAAUUUACAUGCUUGAACCAAGUAAGUUCAACAUCAAUUGCAUGGACGCGGACUUUAGUAAUAGGCCUCCAAAAUACAAACGGGCGCAUGUUCGCUUUCUCCCUGGUUUCAAAGACCAUUUGGUUCGUUUUUUCGACACCAAGAGGUACCUUCCGCAAUACAUAUGCACACUUGCAGAAGUGCAAUGCGCUUUUAUACCCAAGGAAUCGAUAUUGUUUCAGACAGUUGGUUUAGACCAGCCGUUACAGGUUUUCUAUAACAAAAGGUGCACAGACUUGAUUGAAAGAAAUAUAACCAAGACUGUCGAAUGUUUACUGAAUAUCUGCAUCGUAACCGGUGAAUAUCCAACUGUAAGAUAUUCACAGCCUUCCGCUGAAACCUACGAGACUAGCCCAUCCACCAUGUUGGCGAAAAAGUUGGCUUUCGAGUUUCAAGAAGCCCUUGACGACUAUGCACGGAAAGAUGAGAGUUUCCCCCCACCUUCUCCGAGACCCCGCGCGGUUUUAGUAAUUACUGAGCGUUCUCUGGAUCCGUUCUCUCUGCUCUUGCAUGACUUUUCCUAUCAAGCUAUGGCGUACGACUUAGUACCCGAAGUUAACACCCAAACCGACACAUACCAAUACUUUGCAGAGAACGAGGUAGGAGAGAAAGAGGAGAAACUUGCAAAAUUAAGGGAGAUUGAUGAUCCAGAUUGGGUAGAGUUAAGACAUCAACAUAUUAUGGAUGCUACCGACUACCUUAACGCCAAAGUCAAUGAACUCAUUGCCAAAAAUCCGCUGUUAGUUGACCGUGCAAAUGUCAAAACUACCACGGAUCUACUAAGUGUCGUUGCUCAUCUGAAGGACUUUGACGAAGAUAGAAGACGCAUCACUUUGCACAGAACCCUAAUAGACCAAUGUUUAAGCGUGAACGAACAGAGACGCUUAGCUGAGCUCGCAGAUUACGAGCAAGCAAUGGUAGGAUUUGGUUUAGACGCAGAUGGGAAUAGAUACAAGGGUGCUACGGAAAAUUUGUUAGAAACUCUUAUGAGUAAAAAUGCUAACAUCACUGACAAAGUUCGCUUUAUCCUCAUAUAUGCCUUAUUUCGUGGAGGCCUGAUCGAACAAGAUUUUGCUAAGUUAUUGGCGUUUAUUGGGGUGAGCUCCGGCCACUCUUUUUUCAAGCAUUUUAUGACUCUAAUUACAAACUUUCAAAGUUUAGGUUUUCCGCUGAUCAAGUCGAAGCCCAGCGACAAGCCAUUCAAGAAAGAGUGGCAUCAUGAGACAAUAGUAAAUGAUGCCAGUGUUUACAACACAUCGCGAUUUGUUUGUGCAGUGAGCAACAACUUAUCUAAGGUCAUUACUAACCAGCUCUUAUUGAGUGAAGAGGCCUUUCCAUAUGUGAAGGACAAACCAAUAGAAGUUUUGGAAGAGAGCACGGUGGAGGAUGCAAAUUUCAGCUACUCGUCGACAUCUCUCAGAAAUCCUAGACACAAGGCAUCGUGGACUAGGAAAAAUACACAAAACAGAGCACCAAGACAAAGAUUUUUUUAUUACAGCAUUGGCGGCUUAACAUAUGGCGAAAUUCGGGCGGCGUAUCUUCAAUCUCAAUUAAAAAACAAAGACGUUUUUAUUGGAACGGACACUAUUUUGACACCCUUGGAUGUUAUGCAAGGUAUCGAGAAGCUCAGUGAGCCAAGAGAGCAGCUUAACUUACGCGUUGAUGCAAAGGAAAAAGAAUCGCCUCCGGGCUUUCUUUUCGAUAGAGCCCUGGCUGCGCCGGUAGCCGCUCAACAUGUGCACAAAACGUCUCAUCAAAAGUCUAAUGCCGAUGUUCAACCUGUAAUGCCCGCACCCCCACCUCAGGAAAAGAAGCGCUCCAAGCUAUCAAAAUUUUUGAGGUCCAAGUAG